AUGUCUGAGAAGCAGCGCAAACGACGUCGUCUGCGAUGCUUCGGCCACAUUGUCAAUCUGUGCGCUCGGGCGUUCCUCAUUGGAAAGGACGGUGCGAAAGUUUGUAAGGAGCUGGAUAUUGCUUAUCGUGACGGGGACUUGAAGAAGAUUGGCGAGCUCUGGAGGAAACGAGGCGCAAUCGGAAGGCCACACAAUAUUGUUAGGUACAUUAGAGCUAGUCCCCAGCGUCGUCAGUUCUUUAGAUCCAUUAUUUUGGGUGGUGACCUCACUGAAUUUGAUAAAUUAGAGCUUAUUCAGGGCCAGCAGACACGCUGGAACUCAUACUUUAUGUCUAUUGGACGAGCUCUGAACGUCAAGGAACGUAUCCAGAUCUUCUGCGAUCAGUAUGAACCCGGACAGGGCCAAAAAGACCUCUCCGAAGACCGCCUUAGCCCAAUGCAUUGGAAAGAGCUCGAACAUCUGCAUGAUCAGCUAGAGACCUUCUACGAAGGGACCAUGAUGACAGAAGGAAGAAAUGCGACGCUAGCCGAUCAUUUCCAGACUCUGGACUGGUUGCUGAAUGAGAUUCAGGUCGCCAAACACAAAUUCCAGGAGCUACACCAAGAUUUGCUAAGAAGGAAAUGGCGCGAAACCCAGGAAUCCGAAGAAUUUGCCUGGCUCGCAGCAGCUGCAGAAGUAUCAUGGCAGAAGUGUGAAGAGUACUUCAAUAAGGCAGAUGACACAGCAGCUUACUACGCGGCAAUAUCGCUGAACCCGACGCUCAAGAAUGAGUGGUAUAACAAAGCUUGGACGGACCAUGACGAGAAGCGGCCGUGGAUUGUGAGUGCCAGCACAGCCGUGAAGGAGCUCUGGCUUGAUGAAUACAAGGGCAAGUACUCUGUCAAGCAACCCUUCCCGUCUGGUGUACUUUCAACGUCAACCUCUCAGAAAGAUAAGGCUUUCACCUCAGUUAGGAAUCAUAAGCGUCUCAAAAUAAGCCACCAGUCGUCCAGGCCUCAAGCCCAUGGCGUUGAUUCACUUGAUCAGUUCGUCGAGACGGAUAUUAUCCCACUCAGUGAGGACGAGUCAUUUGCCCUAUUCAGUACUGGAAUGAGCGCUACUACACGCAGCCUGACCUCGCACAAAUGGCACUUGAUGUUGUCGGAUAAGGCUGCCUCUGUUGAUUGA